AUGGGUUUGGCAAGGACACCGCCCAAGAUGCAAUUCGGGAAUAAGCUCGAGGAUAUCCAGGAGGUGGAUGGUGUGGAUGAGGGGGGUGUGGUUGCAGGUGCUGUUAAUGACAUUGCCGCGGAUGCCAUUGCUGCUGACGCCAUUGCCGCCGAUCCAAUCACCGUUGAGCCCAUUGCUCAUGAUUCUGCUCAAUCAGACACCAUCUCCCAUCUCAACCGCCAAAUCGCAAUGCUGUCGACGCGCAACCGCGAACUUCAUCAAUCAAAACAACAGCUGCAAAUUAGAGUAGAAGACAUGCUCACGCAGCACGACCAAGAACGCGUCGCAAUGGUUGCACACGUGACGCGUCAGAGAGAAGCACACAAGAGCACUCUCUCGAAAUGGAAGGAGGAGCUAGCAAUCCAGACUGCGAACCGGGAAGAAAUGGAGAGACGCUAUCUUGCCUCAGAAGAUGACCUAGACAAGGCGUACGAGCAGAUAGAUGGUUUGAUUGAGAGAGUCACUCAAGCUGAGAAUGCGCUGAAUAAUGCACACAGUACGCAUGCACGUGCCAUUGAAAAACACACAUCAGAAUACAAUGCACUCGCCGAUAAACGCAAACAUGAUAAAGAGAAAGAGAGAGAAAAUGAGCGUCGCUCCCUCCGCUAUGAGGCCAAGAUAGAUACUCUUAAUGCAGAUAUUGCCAGUCUGAAGAGGGAAGCGGACGCGGCGAGAGAAGACCAGGUUGAGCUGGAGCAGGCGGACGAGACCAUUUCCGAGCUCAGACGCUCUCUCGACAAGGCCCAGAAGGAAAUGCGCGAAUUGAAGGCGAGCAAGUCGACUAAAUCGAGCAAAGUGGAGAGAGCUCUCGAACGUAAACUGGACGCAUCCGAGAGCGAGCUCGAUGCACUCCGUUCUGAGCUAAAGAGUGUGGAAAGGAGCGUGGAGAAACGCGUCAAGAAGGAGAUGGCGGAGCUUAGUGAAACUAGCGAAGGCGAGGUGAAGACACUUCAAAAACAACUCAGCAAGCACAAGGAGAAAACUACAAUCAUCCUUGCUGAUCUGAAAGAGUCAGAGCGGAAUCGUACCCGCGUCGAGAAGGAGCUCCUACAUUUGCAGGACGGAGCUCAGCUUGCGGAAAUGCACUCCGAACGCGCCGAUAAAGCCGAGCGACGCGUUAAAAAACUCGAGAAUGCACUAGACGAGAUGAAACGUGCUUCAAAGAAACCAAGACGUGCAUCUUCGUCGGGUGAUGAAAACGACCACAACGGUCACUCUAAACCCGUUCCCAAACUUAGGAAACGCAAGGCGGAGAGUGAGAACGAAGACGACGACGCACCCAAGCCACAGCGCAGCGCAAAGAAUGUCGAGAAAAAGACUAAAAAGAAGAUUAACAUAUUCGGUAACGGACCUGCACAGCCGCAGAAAGGUAGCGAUGGAGGUGUAUUUGGUAUACCGGAUGUACUCUCGCCGGUGAAGGGUAAGUCAUCGGGUGGGAGGAGCGUUGGAGGCGUCGGAAGAGGUCCAUUUGGAUGA